AUGGUGGCAAACAAUGUGCUUCGAGCUCUUAUCAGAGGAUGUUUGGAAACAGACCCUCAGGCCAGACCAACUAUGGAAGAAAUAAUUGAUGAAAUAGAACCGGAAGCGCAGGGCACCUUUUGAUAGAGUUUUCUAAUCAACUUCAAACAUAAUGUUGUCUGUAUGGUUUGCAGUAUUGCUACUGUACCGGACGAUCAUAUAGAAGAUCCUGCAAAGAAAACUCCAUCUUUCCCGAUGUAACUUAAGUGUUCGGAUGUAUCUUCUGAAAACUUGUAGACUUUUUCUGUCUAGGCGUGUUCAGCUUUCCAUUAUUCCUUACCUAGGUAUUUACACGCUGAUCUCGUAAGGAUUUAGAUAAAAGCGUCCGUUUGAUGUGUAAAGAAAGAAGGCACAGUCCGAUACCACCAAGAAGGUGUCAUCAAGAGUCCAUUUUCGGGCACCUGCUUUAAUCGAUAAAAGCAGGCUUGGCACGGAUUGGCACGACUGAGCCCUCUCAGCGUAAAUCAUCAAUCUUAUUGUCAGACUUAUUUAUCGUCUGCAAAUGUAAUAGCAUAUCAUUAUGAUUUUUUUGCCUAACGUUUCAUUACAAAACUUCCGUCCGUCGAUAUAAAUUUUUAUUGCGAUAUUUGUAGUGUGUUGGUUUGGUUAGACUAAAUACAGCUAUCAUUUUUAAUUUUUGGUUUUGUCUAUCGUGUGGUCUGGUCGUUUUGGUUAGAGCGGUACUUAAAGGAUUGCUCUUGGUAACAAGGAAUGACCUUUAACAAGCUAAGCGGGAGACUGUCAAAAUAACAGUAACGUCCACUGAAAAAGAUCCUUUUUAGGUCUUCUCUAACCUGUUCCUUCUGCGUUCAGAUCAUUUACUGUAAAAUUACCUCAAGAUGUUAUGCGACUCAGUGUUUUCCUGAAAAGUGACGGUAACGAUACUUCUCACCAAAAAUUUUUUUCUUCUGCCUCGUGAUUGACCAAAUUUUUAGAAGAAAAAUUUUUUCCAAAACCGAGUGGUGGUUAUUCAUCAGAAUCCACAAUAAGUAAGACCCUGAUCUAAGCGUUCAAAGUAACAAAUCAGUGAAGACAUGAUCCUUGCAAGCGAGCAUCAGUAAAGAAAUUCAAGAAACGAACUUUGCAAAAUUCUGACUUCGAGAGGAUUUGAACCCGAGCACUUCCAGGCACUAUAACCAAUUGAGCUGCGGAGCCUCAGGCUGGAAUUAUUGCAAAUUCUUCUGGGAUUGUUGUUCCCGUAGAGGAUUAUGUAUUAAAUGAAAUAAGUAAUAUUUUUAUCCGAGGAUGAAGUACAAAAUGAAGAACUAAUUUUUGCAGGUGAGCUGCAGCUAAAGAAAUUGCAAAGUAGAAACUCUUCCCCUCGUCCUAUAUACAAAAUUUCUGUGGAAAGAAAGAAUUUCAGAGCUUUCUUAUUUGCUCAUAACUUUUAAUUUGGCCAUAUCUUAUUUCCUUCAGUUCUAUAAGCACUUAUGUUAUCAAUUUUGAUCCUCAUCUGUAACAUAUCGUCCAUAUUUUUGUCAAUAGUUGUUGUUGUAUGGCGAAAGCGAUAUGUUUAGUUGUUUGCCUUUAGAUCUUUGUAAGAUAUUCUAAAUUCUCUGCGAUCGCAUCAAAGAAAUUACUUUCCAUUUUCCUUUAAAAUUAAUUAAUUUAUCGUUGGCGCUUUCCUUCCGUAAUAAGACGGCAUAUGCUACGGGUGACGCACGGGAACUUUUGUUUCGUACUCUAGCUCGGCAACUGCUGCUUUGUUUCCUCAAUGUACAAGACGUCGCAGUCCCAGGAGCUAACUGUGUACCGAGGAGUAGUUAAACUUGUUCUUGUGAGGGAAACAAAAUUUAAUAGAAUAGCAACUCAAAACCAAAGACCUCAGUCUUCAGCAAAAGGUAUCAGGCUCGUACCAAAGUGAUCUCACAUGAUAACCACCUGCUAAGAAGCGAAGAAAUUCUAGUUUAAAACAUUAAAGUUCACAAGGCAACCAGGUGGACAAUCAGACAUGGUUUGAUGUUACUCUGGUUUGCAGAUUUAAUGAAUGUAACUGAAGAAGUUACAAUUCAUAGACCCAACGUUUCGACACUCCUGUCUAGUGCCUUCAUCAGGGGUGAUCUAAACGCUGCAACAAGAGGUCCUUUUAUAUGAUCACUAAUUAGCGGCCUUUUUUUCUGACGAGGUGUAAAUAGGCGUCAGGAAACAAACCGCCAUCGUCACGAUUUAAAGGAGCGUGGGCGGAGUUAAUAUGCCAAGCCUCCAAACAAAGGCGCUGGUGGUAACGCCGAUUAGUGGUGAUAAUUUUAGAAUUAUCCCACCCAAUUGUAUGGUUGGUUAGGCAUGUAUGCUCCGAUAAAGCUGAAUUUUCCUUUUUGCUAAGAAAAACCGCUUUUUGGUGCUCUUUUAACCGUGUACCAAACUGACGUUUGGUCUGUCCGAUGUAUUCGUUGUCACAGUCAUUGCAAGGAAUAGAAUAAAUAGCGUCGGUUCGUUGUUCUUUCGUGACAGGAUCCUUAGGUUGGCGAAAAUAUGCCCCAAAGUCUGAAAAGGUUUUUGAGCAACUUUAACGUUGUGGCUAUUCAAAAUUCUCUUGAUGGGUUCCGUAACACCCUGUAUGUAAGGAAUAACAGCAAAACCAGUCGCUUGUUCCCCUUCAUCAAGAGCGUUACUAUUUGUAACUGGUUUUUGGCAGUUACGGAGAAAAGUUUUUGUAUAGCCAUUUGCCUUUAGGACAUUGGAAACAUAUUUCCUCUCCUCAGCCUUCGAAUCGAGUAAAGAUGGUAGACAGUCAGCCCUCCUAAGUAAAAUUUUGGCUACAGACUUUUUAUGGCAGAUAGGGUGGUGAGAAUCGAAAGCGAGGUAUUUGUCGGUGUGGGUAGGUUUACGGUAGACACUUGUCUCUAAAUUACCCUGAACCCCUCUGGACACAUUUAAAUCAAGAAAGGGCAAAUCUCUAUCCUUUUCGCACUCAAGGGUGAAUUGGAUCGACAGCUCUACUGAAUUCAAAUGCGAAUUCGUAAACCUAAACCUUUCGCGUCCUUCAUAUUGCGAAACUACCAACAAAUUUUGCGCUCUUUCCAAUGCUCGCAGUGCUCGUAAUUUUGAUUUUCCAUGGUAGUAGGGGCGGCCGUUUUUGGACUAUCAAUGACUGUAGACUUAUUUGACCAUAACUAGGGGUAAUGUCGCGAUCUGAUUGGCCAAUUUGCCGUUGUCGAUGAGAGUAAAGAUAACGCCGCUCGGGUCAACUUGUCACGCACUAAGAGAAUCGUUUUAUUUGACGUCGAUAUUGUGGCCACUGAGAUGACGAUUACCGUUGAUGAUAAGAGAACAGACCACGUGAAACCACUGCUGAGUUGUUUAAAUAUUGAAAAAGAAGAUUUCUCUCGCCUGCUCCAAAUCACUUUCUUCCCAGAAUACUUUUACAGUGAGACAUAUUUCACGGUACUAAGACCUGUAGUGAAUGACAUUGUUGUGGAGGGAUCUACAGGCCUGUCAACUGAAAGGACAAUUUCGUCCCUUAGUGUUCAAAAGAACUUUGAAAAAUGAAAUGAAAACGAAAAAACAAACAAACCAAAAAGGAACAUAUGGGUACAUUUACGGCUCAUCCAAAAAACUUCAGAGCACUUAAUAGUUAAAAUUAACUCGAUAGAGUAUGAAAUAACUGUUGCUUAUUAUGCAAUUACAGCUGGCGUUAUUCCUCCACCGACGUUUUCUUCUCAUCAAGAAAAAAGAUGGAGCAUUUCUUACCUUUCUACAUAUAAGUCUACAUUAACUCUGAGAAUUUCUAUGAUUCAGCUCUCUGAUUUGUGGUAAAACUGGUGAUUAAUACCUAUAAAUCACAAGAGGAGCGUGUUCGUUCCUUGGAGGCCGAUGAUGAAGAAUGAAACAGGUCUGUGACUUUUGCUAUUUUCAAAGUUUCUAAAUUUAGCAAUUUUAGGAACAGACUUCUUGAAAUAGACUUUCCUUUUAAAAAUAGCAUUAUCUGCACCGCCAUCUCUCACAUUUUUUUUCAACAUUCUUUUGCCUAAGAUAGUGCUUAAUUUUUCUGUAUCGAUCGAGAGUAUUCAUUUUCAUUUGCUUUCUGUUUCUCUUUGAGCGACUGAUCAGUUCGUGAUCAGUUCUUGGCAAACUUUGAAAUAUUUUGCUGUUGUUCCAUAAUGCAACUAAAUUGAGUUUUUAUCUUUUCAUUUUGUGUAAAUACGUAAGCGUUUCAGCUCCACUCUAAAUAAUAUCAGGUAGGCUUGAUGGUGAGUCUUCCCAAGCAAUUUUAAGAGUGUUGGGGUCUGGUAAAUUAAGGAACUAACCCGGCUUCUAAAAUUUACUUCUCAUGAUUCGAUUGAGGGAUGGUGUGGGUAUAAGUCCUAACAUUCUCUUGAGUUUCUUUCGGUUUAAAACCUACGGAAACCGCGGCAUGACAAUUUUGAACACGAAUAGCUUUCGUUCGAUUACCUGCAGAAAUAUUUCGGGACCUUUUAAAAUUUAAAAAUUUUUCAAAUUUCCCCGUCCACUCAUCCGCUGACUUCGUUAGUACUGCCCGUAAACGAGCCCACAGUGCAGUGUGAUGAUCCCAGAGUGCAAUACGCUCGUGUUAAUCUGCGAAACGUCAUGCGUACUGAAGAACUUAAUCUGCACCCCAUAACAUAAAUAAACGUGGUAUGCAUCCUCUAAUUUGCCAAUUCAGUUUCCAAGCGGAUGCUUCAUCAGGUUAUAGAGCCCGGAAAAAAUUGCUCUAUUGUUUAAAUAUUUAAAUUUUUUGACUGGAUCGGCUGAAGUAUAAAAAACUGUUGUUCUUCUACGCAGCUUAGAAAACCAUCCAAGAGCUAACACAGGGUAGCACUUCACUCUAUUUGCUUUGGAAGACCUUUAUAAAGCAAAGGAAUUGGUAAGUCACCACUCCUAGCUGGUAGUAUUGUAAUUGAAGACUGAUCAUGAUAUUUUUCAUUGUUUAAAAAGCAUCAAUGGAUUAUCUGAUUCAGUUGUAACUUGACGUCAUAUUAUGACGGUCAGUCAUAAGCCAAAAAACCCGGAAGCACUUUUAUUAAUAGUCUAUCUUUGAAAAGAAUAAAUUACAACACAAUUUACGCUUUGUUAUUCAGCUUAAUUCUUUCUGUUAGCCUAAAAAAUAAUAAAGUUUUACACAGUCAAAAAUUUAAAUAAGUAACCUUGUGGUCAUCGCCAUGCCAAUGGAUUUGAAAGGCUUCUGGUAAUACUGAAUUCAGACAAUGGGUGAUCUGUCGCUGGGUUUCAAUGUUUCAAUGUUGUGUGUGGAGACGAGAGAAGCAUGAUAUUCAAGUUUUGUUUCACUUUGACUUGAUUGUUUGAUCUUUGCAAUUCUUGCAUAAACUAAAAUUCUGGAGGGGAAAGCCAAAAUGUUUUUCUCAAACAUUGAAGAAGUCACACUGAUUAUGUUUUUUGGCAUACCUUAUUACAUAGAGAACUUGUAGAAAAUAACUGUUCACUACAGAAGUGUUGUAAAGAGCAGGAAGAUAACUAACAUGAGUACCAAUAUGGCAUAGGCAUAAGCAAAGUUAUAGUUCUAAGCUAACAGAUGAGUGGUCAAUUUGUAAACCCCCUUAAAUUGGUUGUUCUCCAACACAUAGAGUCAUAAGUUCAUUCUUAGGGUGAUAUGACCCAGCAACUUUGAUAAUAGGACUGCAUUGCAAUUCUUUUGUCACCUUUUUGCUGAUUGAUUCCUAGGUAAAAGUUGAAAAUUACCAGGUAUGCUUUGUUUUCAGCACAAGUUUAAAGUGUUCUUCCUUUGAAUUGUCCAUUUAUGUCACUUUUUAAAACCUGGAUUUCCUCUUUUUUUAGCCAUUACUAAGAUUAAGGAAAUGGAAAUAGAUUGGUGUCAGAACCCAUUUACUGAACCAGACGUCAAAUUCACAUGCCAGGUUUGAUCCUUAUUAUUUUAAUUAUCCUUUUAAUUAUCACCAUUAAACUUAUUAUUAUUGUUAUUAUUAUUGUUCUUGAUAUUAUUAUAUCUCUCCUCUUGAAUCAAAUUACUGCUCUAUAACAUGGAUUGAAAGUAUUUGGUUUAUUAUCAGUUAUAUAAUUCUAGGGUGAGUAAACUGUGUUUGACUUGCAGUAAAGUAAAGUAAUUUGUGCAGGUAUAAUCACACAAUUCCAAUUGGAGUGUAGUAUAAAUAUACUCAUGGAAUUUUCUAAAAUUUACCAGUUCUCAUAAAUUUAUUCUAAAUAGCACAGGAAAACUCAUGUGAUUGAUUAUUAAUAAUAUACAUUUACAAUUGCUGAGUCACCUUAUAAAAGUAGAAAAGCUCUCUCUAAUUUCCAGCUAUUGCUGGUCAAGUCGUUCAGUCAAACCUAUUAUUGCUCAGACACCAAGUUUUGGCCAGAGAAAUAUCUAUUGUGUCCUACCUCAGUAAAUUCUUGCCCCCCUAAUAUAUAUUUCUGGCAUUUUCCCAAAAGUUUAUCAAUGAAUGCUUUUCAUCUAGCUAAUUUAUUCUUGUUUUUCUCAGUACCAUGUUUCCACUAAUGGUGUAGCUCCAUUUUCUACAUAUAAACACACACACUACCCAAAAUUCCUCUAUUCACUCUGACGAAGGGCUAGUUCUCCAAAUGUCAGCUUUGAAACUCUUAACAGAGGCUAAUUUAUGUUAUCAACUCAAGUGAUAAUACCAAAUUACCUUGUUAUACCCUCCCACUGACACAGCACCACAGUUUCUAAAGAAACGUACCCCCAUUAGACCUACUACACUGAACUACACAUGCUACACUUACGAAUUACGGUCAACUCGCCGACGCAAACUCGCCGACGUACAAAAUCGAGUAGAGACGUCGGCGAGUUGGUCCUCAAUCCAAUACAACUUAUUAGAAGUUAAACAUACAGAAAAGUAAACGAUAUUUAAUAAAAAAAACACUGGUGAACAUUGGUGAACAUCAAACAGAAGCUUAAACGUUGGUGAACAUUGGUGAACAUCAACAAUGGCUAUAACAGCUUAAGACGCGAACGAGUUAUUGUGCGACAACAACACCGUAAAGACUCAUCAUGUCAAUCGCGCAGAUUUUUUAAAGAAAACUUGGCUUUCUAGACAAGAUCUUUAGUAAAAAGCAGUUCUUUUUAUUUGCAACAUAGUUUAUAAAGAUAUCAAGACGAAUAAAGCGAAGUAAACAUCGCCAAUGAACAAAAUUGGCUGUAGACGCGAAUGAGUUGUGUGACAACAACACCGUAAAGACUCAUCGUGUCAAUCGCUCAGAUUUUUUAUAGAAAACUUGGCUUUCUAGACAAGAUAUUUAGUAAAAAGCAGUUCUUUUUAUUUGCAACAAAGUUUAUAAGGAUCUUAAGGCGAAUAAAGCAAAGUAGACAUCGCCAAUGACUAUAUCCGCUUUAGACGCGAACGAGAUACUACUAUUGUGUGACAACAACACCGUUUGUGGGUUGACUUUUUACUAAGCAACUUGACUUAAAUAAAUAAGACCGAUUGUUGUUGUCACUCAACUCAUUCGCGUCUACAGCCAAUUUUGUUCAUUGGCGAUGUUUACUUCGCUUUAUUCGCCUUGAUAUCUUUAUAAACUUUGUUGCAAAUAAAAAGAACUGCUUUUUACUCAAGAUCUUGUCUAGAAAGCCAAGUUUUCUUUAAAAAAUCUGCGCGAUUGACAUGAUGAGUCUUUACGGUGUUGUUGUCGCACAAUAACUCGUUCGCGUCUUAAGCUGUUAUAGUCAUUGGUGAUAUUCACCAAUGUUCACCAAUGUUUAAGCUUUUGUUUGAUGUUCACCAAUGUUCACCAGUGUUUUUUUACUAAAUAUCGUUUACUUUUAUGUAUGUUUAACUUCUAAUAAGUUGUAUUGGAUUGAGGACCAACUCGCCGACGUCUCUACUCGAUUUUAUACGUCGGCGAGUUGGCGUCGGCGAGUUGGUCCGUCGGCGAGUUGACUGGAUACCUACACUUACUGCACCAAACUACACCUACUGCACUAAGGUACACUUAAUUCACUAACUACUUGAUUUUAUGGUAGGAUAAAUGUUAGUUUUUUUUCUAGAUAAUGUAAAACCUUGUUUCAUAUUCAUGAUGAUAAUCAUGGAUCUAUCUGAUCAAGAUUCCUCCUAAAAAAUUCAUGUAAGAUUGGAGUAAAUUAGUUAUAUUCAUCUCAAAGUUUCUAGGAAAAAAAGUCCUUGUGAGUGAUGAUGAGUAUCCUGAGGCUUUUAAAGAAUUAAAGGUAAUACACCCUUGACAUGUUGGAUCCCAAAGCUGUAACAACACGUUUACAUAUUGUUAUAGAAGCUAAAUUGCAUAAAAUGGUUUUAUAAUUGGUUCUUUGAUGGGUCAGUGUUUCAACCCUUUUACUCCUAAUCCCCUUAAAAAUGGUAUCACACAUAUUGCCCAUCAAUUUUUUCUCAAUAAUUAAUGAUGAUGCAGCUUGCAAGAGACAUGCCUAAUUUUCCUUUUAUGGGCCUGCAACUUUUAAGAAAAGAAUGGUAACUCCAAUUUUUUAAUAUUUAAUUGCAAUCAGCAUAUCAAGGUUCACCUUGUUCAAAGUUUCCUUUAAGUUCCCUUCAUACAUUACUGAAGUGAGUAUCAUUGUAUAAUAUUCAAUGAGUGUAAUGUAAAUAAUUGUUUUAGUAUAAUUGCUUGUAUCUGCCUUUGAAAUCUGUUGUCAGUGUUUGUUUUGACAUUGAACCCAUUCUGUUUCAAUUGUUUUGAUUACAUAUAUUGAGAUAAGCCAGUUUCCACUAGGAUUUGAUAGGUUCAUUAAAUUCAGACAGCAAAAACUUCAUGUCUCUCUUUUGAAAAGUGUUACUCCAAGCUUACUAGCAUCUUUUGUGCUAUUUGGAAUCGAAUUUUCUUUAUCAUUUUUAUCACUUCCUCUGUUACACUGACAAGACCUAAGGCAGCCAUUUUGAAAUUUAGUGCUCCUGCUUUAAUCACCUCAAACAAGAUAUGAUGCAAUCCUCUACCAAUCAGAGGGUGUACAUCUCUAUAAUCACUGGAGCAAUUAUGGUAAUAUUAAUAACGUUAAGUGUGUGUGAGGGAAAAUCACUAAACUCAAAACUGCAUUGUAACUGAAGUUUUAAAACAAUCUGUGAAGUAUGUUCAGAGCCACCUUAAAUGCAUUACAUUGAUGCAGAAUUAAGGUGGCACUGAAACCACGGCACACCUAUAUUAAUUUUUGAGCUUUGCAAAAACAAUCAAAUUCGAUAUGUUAAUGUAAACAUUGGGGGCUCACAAAUACUUUGGUUUAUGUACCUGUAACACUUAUGUUUGGGAGCAGAACAUGUGGUUCAUUUUUAUCACAUGCAUGAAUAUAAAUUUGGCAAGGGCUGCAAACUUUUCAUGCAUAAAUCAAUCUGAGAUUACUAAAUGUAGCUGUAAAUUGAAAUUUAUCUUUGUAGGCACAGGCAGGAAGCUUUUGGUUCAAAUACUGGAAGAAAUAUUGUAAACUCCAUAUUAGCAAGACUAAUGUCUUGGUGGAGGAAGAGGGAAUUGGAGUAAGAGAACAGAGUGUAGAAUUUGUUUAUCAUAAUAUUGUAUAAAUUUUAUCCAGAGAAUUUAAACCAGUUCUCAAAUCCAAUGUCAAUUUUUUAAAGUCUAUCUAUUUUGUCAGAAUUUGUGCUGCAAACUUGCUGGUUUGAAUUAUCUCACACAAUGCUCAGAAAAUCAUAGUUAAGUUCUCAAAAGAGGUGUCCUCCGGGACAUCUUAGAAAUCAUCUUCUAGAUGUGUUUCAAGUUUUUCUUUGGCUACAUUUUUGUAGGUUGGAAAGCCUAUACGUCUUGACUGGAAAAUAUUAUCCACUAUUCAAGAUCCAGAGGACAAAACAGUAUUUGGCUAUGUGUGCAGUCAAGGUUACCCCUUUAAAGACGAGUAUGAGCUUUAUGCUUUUAAGUCCGAAGAAGUAAGUGAAACCAAAGAGGCCUUGUGAUACUCUAGCUGAAUUAAAGAGUUUUGAUUACUAAUCUUGUCUUCUUUAAAGAAAAACAAUAUGCAAGACCAGGCUUUGGAACUCAUGAGAGUUCUUUCAUCAGAACCAAUAAAGAUUGCUCAGUUAUAUAGGGCUAAAGAAAGCUCAGGUUGUCAAAGCAAAUGGAUUUGUUCCAAGGAUUGCAGAGGGGUAGCUUAUAUAGUCUUAGAAUGGAGCCAUGUUUGACAGACAGCCACUUGGAAAUAAUUUUGAUUUGAUCCCUAAGACAUCCCUUGGCGCAGUUCUGCCUCUACGAUAACUAGUAUCAAUCUGUUUGGUACUCAGGUUGUGGUAAAAUCGCAAAAUAUCGCCUUUUCAUAUUAGCGGUGAAGGUUUUAAACUUUAAGAAAGAAAGGCUGUGGACCGACCAGAAUAAGUACAGACACUGUAAUUUCAGAAGUAAAGAGACAAUUUUUUGUGAUGUCAUUACAUUUGAGCCCCAAAAAGUUAUCUUCCUUUGCCAAAGUUCUACCGAAGGAAAGUUAUUCUAUGUGAUACCCAGAUCAGACAGAUCUAUUUUCAGCGCAUAAACAUUUGAGAAUGAAAGUUUCGUACGUUCUUAGUUACACUUUUCUCUUUGAUGAUUGAGGAUGAUUACCUGGGUAAACUGUUGCAAACGUAUCGGCCAUUUUUGAAAUGACGUUACUAACCAAUUUUUUUUUGUGCAGUUUUACCCCUUGUCUUAGAGGUAAAAUGUUUUACUUCAGACAAACACCCUUCGUUUGUUAUACAGGUUACAACUUCAAGACUCGCAAGUACAUGUCUCGAUGAGUUGCGAGCUUUUUGUAUAUUGCAUAACGUUUUUGCUCUUCAGGCCGAGGUUAUAAUUAAAACCUUGAGGGAACAUAUAGGACCUACGACUAAUAUCAUGACAGAGGUGACCGGAUCAUUGGAUGGUAUGUACUACUGAGCUAAAGUGCCCCAUGUACGUUCUAAUCAGACACAAUCCUUUAAGUGACUUAAGGGCACGUGUACAACGGAGGCGUCUAACCACUUACAUGAAGGUGCUCUGUUUAAGAGCAGUCUGAGUAGACGCAGAUAAACAUCCAGUUGGAUGUUGCUGCAAUUGCCACCCAAUUUACUUACUUACUAAGAGCAAGUGAUGAUGGAUAACUUAAAGCUGCUGGGUUUGAUUCAUUUUUAGGUAGGAAGAAUGAUAAAUUAAGAGAUGAUAAUCUUAAUGGUCUUGAAGUUGGAUCAAUGGUAGAGAUCCUCUGGUCAAUUGUAUCCAUGAGAUUUUUCAUUGUCUGAAGAGCAUCGAUGGAUUAUCUGAUUCGGUUGUAACUCAACUUCUUUUAUCAAUGGCCACAGAAGCCAAAAACCUGGAAGUACUUUUAUUAAUAGUCAGCCUUUGAAAAGAGUAAAUUACAAAACAGUUUACGCUUUCUUGUUCAUCUUAAUUCCUUCUUUUAGCUUAAAGAAUACUCAAACUUAUCAGGUGGAUGUUUUUAUCUUGAUCAAAUGCCAAAUUCUCCAAGUAAAUUUACAGGGAAAUGUGUAGUUCCUAGAGGGGAAAAUUAACAAUCAGAUCUUGGGAGUAAAAAGAUUAAUGCAAUGAACAUUCAAAGAGGACUUCAAUUACUUAAUUACCUUUUUUUUUAUUUAAAGUAGAAAGAGUUCUGUUUUGUUUCCUUUUCGAGUUUACGCCCCCAUUUUCCAGAUACUGUAGUUCACAAUUUGAAUUACUAACUUGGCUAGCAUUCCUGACAAUCCAGUGUACAAUUACACGUGAAUUAUACCCUUACAGUAGUAGGCCCCAUAAGUAUCGAGGCAGUUGAAGUUAGGAGAUCUACGGAGUUAGAUCAGAGUUUUUUUAACAUAAGAUUUUUCAAGUAACGGAACGUUGCAGUUUCUCUAAGCCCUUAAAGACAGAAUCAGACGUGAGUUCCAGCCUAUUGUAUUUAGUUUUGUUUUCCUUUCGAUUCCGCUUCUUUUGAAAUUAGCCUCAGCCCAUUUUUUAAUCUUGUACAUUGCAAUUUCCCCUUUUAUUUUACACCGUAUGUGUAUGAUAUUCAGACGAUAGCAUUAAACGUUGUUAAAUCAACUUGUGUUGUCGAUUCCUACACUGUUGUUGACACUCCCCGAACUCCAGUGCACAACACCCCGUGUCCACUGCAUUAGGUACGUGACAGUUAAACAGAGGAAUAUGCAAAUCAACUCCACGUAGCAUGCUUUUUGUUUUAUCCUCUUAGAGUGAAAAUAAGGGAUAGAUAAUGUCUAUAGGUAGAAGAAACUUUUAAGCUAAAAAAAGAAGUAUCCAUUUCAGAUAAUCAUAAUUUCCUAUAAUAAUUUCUUUGGACAGAAGAAUCUAAGGAACGUGUACGACCUACCACGCAUUUAACUUCUCGCCUUUCGCCAAAAUCUAAAGAUGAAGUGAAGCAGUUAGGGCAAGGAGCACAUAGGACUAAUGGAUCUGUGGUAACAGCCAAAUUUGUCCCGGAUAGAAGGUCAAGUGAAACUGCAGAAGCUGUGGAAGUGGAUAUGGUAAAGGAAAUGUCUUCCAAAGACCCUUCAGAAAAGCCGUAUGCGCACUCCCAUGCAUCCACAUUACCCCGAAAUGAUUUGGCAAUUAAUAAUGGAACCGGUUGGUACUCAGUAUAUUUUUGUUAAUUUUUGGAAUUAAUCAAAUGUAUAUUCAAUACUGAUUUGUAACCAUAGUCAAAGGGCUAGUUUUCAGUCUCGAAAUUCUUUAACAUUGUGAUUUUCAUCUUUUUUAAGCAGUUGUGGUCACCCUUUACUUGAGUCCCAACGGCCUGUUUGUAUUGCUUCCUACCUGUGUUGAAUGGUCACUUAAAGUGGGACCACUCAAAUAAAACUAAGAAUAAUCUUUCAAGAAAAAUUUAAACCAUGUUUACCUUCGUUAAAACAAUUAGUAGUAUUUUUGAGCAAGUUCUCGUAGAAUCAGUGGUCAAUUGUUGAAUGAAAUGGAGAAUUGUACAAAACCCUUUUUCUGUGGAACCUGUAUCUAGUGGUCAACCCGUAUUAAGUGGUCACCCUGCUAUUCCCUGUUGGUGACCGCUUAAUACAGGUUCAAUUGUAUAAUGCUGUUGUAAAAUUUUCAAUGGAAAUGUAUGUACUGUAGUGUUGCCGGUGACUGACUCCCUCUAAUAAGGAAGCAUCAAGAGAUGCCUCAAGUCGUCUUCAGAAUCAACCUAUUUACUACGAGUCUUUUUAGUUUAGCAAUUUUGAAUUGUGUAUUGCAGCCAUCAGGCUGCUUAUUUAUCACGAAAUGCAAAGACACAGAAGAUGAUUCAGUUUACAGAGCAUUUAGGCUCAUAUUUUUCUCCCCUAUUCAGCAUAUUUUAUUUUCCCUUUGAUAUUCUCAAGUCAAAGGAUACAAGAGGACCUGGCAAAAUACUUUUUAUUUUUGUCAAGUAUUGAUAUGUUUCUCAGCUACUGCUAAAAUAAAUUUGAAGAAUAGAGAAAAUACACAACACAGAGCUGUAAGGAACUAAUCCAAGAGGGGACCCACUCUUACAAGGCUGAACAACACAAAUGAGAUGUGCACAGAAAAUAAAAACACAAUUUGGACUCUGCCUAUAGGCUUGACUAGACCUAUACAUUUUUACUCGAAGUGAAAAUUUUACUUAAGCUUGUAAAGCGUUAGAGGGUGUAGGAGGAUGUAGGUGUGGCUUUUUUAUGUGAAAGUUUAUCACAACUGUAACGGUAAAGGUAAAGUCUGUACUCAAGCCAAGUAGCCCACUUAGCGGGAGCUUAUUCCAGUUUCCAGUUGAAUAAAAGUAUAUAUUUUCACUUCCGGCUUGGCACAGGUUCCUCAUUUUGCUCUUAAACUAACAAAAAAAUUGAAGACGGAUUUCUCCUCUUGUAAACAGACAGGCGACUUAAGGAGGAAAAUGAACGAGGAGGAAACGUUCACAGGCUGGUGAGAGAACUGGAGGAACAGGUGACACAUUUGCAAGCAGAACUACGAGAGAAAGAGUUGAGAGAGACCAGCUUACAUGAAAAGCUAAAGAAAAAAGAACAACUUGAAGAAACUUCAAGGAAACAAUCGGCUGAGAUAGAGCAGCAGCUGACAAACCUGCGUGGACAAGCACAGGAGAGUAAGGAACAAAUGCGAGAUGUAACCCAGCAAAUGACGAUUGUCCAAGGGCAGCUACAAGAAAAAAAUGAAGAAACUGCUAAUUUACAGAAUCAAGUUACUGCCCUAAGGCAACAACUGGAGGAAAAAGGCCAGGAAAUGAAUGAAUUGGAAACAACUCUGUCCACAGCUCAGGAUGAGUUACGUGAACAUCAACGACAACUGAGAGAUGUAACUCAGCAAAUGACGAUUAUCCGAGGGCAGCUACAAGAAAAAAAUGAAGAAACUGCUAAUUUACAGAAUCAAGCUACUGCCCUAAGGCAACAACUGGAGGAAAAAGACCAGGAAAUGAAUGAAUUGGAAACAACUCUGUCUACAGCUCAGGAUGAGUUACGUGAACAUCAACGACAACUGAGAGAUGUAACUCAGCAAAUGACGAUUGUCCGAGGGCAGCUACAAGAAAAAAAUGAAGAAACUGCUAAUUUACAGAAUCAAGCUACUGCCCUAAGGCAACAACUGGAGGAAAAAGACCAGGAAAUGAAUGAAUUGGAAACAACUCUGUCUACAGCUCAGGAUGAGUUACGUGAAUAUCAACGACAACAGUCUCCUGAUUGGGUUAUUUCACGGGAUCACAUUCAGCUAAUAGGUAGAUUUCUUGGCAGAGGAGGCUGGGGAAGUGUUAUCGAAGGCAAAUAUUGUGGUUGUUCUGUUGCAGUGAAACAGAUCCAUGAGUUGAUUCUCUCUCCUCACAACCGCAAAUUAUUUGAGCUAGAAAUGGAUAUUGCAUCAAGAUGCCGCCACCCUUGCUUGCUGCAGUUCAUCGGAGCUACAAAUGACGAAGGGAAUCCAUUGUUUGUAACAGAGCUGAUGGAAACAAGUUUACGCGCUCUGUUGGAACAGAGAGCUCUUUCUGAGGCUGAAAUGUCUUUUAUUUCCCUGGAUGUAGCUCGGGCGCUAAACUACCUUCACCAAAAGCAACCAUCUCCCAUUAUUCACCGCGACAUCAGCAGUGCAAAUGUGCUACUUUGGCGACAGGGCGAACAUUGGCGAGGCAAAGUGUCAGAUUAUGGAACUGCCAACUUUAUGCAGCAGACCAUGACAGUUGCUCCUGGUGCCAUGAUAUACAGUGCUCCUGAAGCACUUACCAAAAAUCAAACCGUCAAGGUUAGCUGUAAUUUGUUUAUUGUAUAUAAGUGUGCAUUUCACGUGCAUGUAAUUGUAUGAAUCACCUUAAACUCAAGGUAACGGACAUUAAUAUUUAUUUUGUUAAUAUCGCUAGAAGGUCAGGGUUUUUUAAUUUUGUUGACAUAAAAUAGACAGUAUGCGUAAAUGACAGGCCGGAUUGGUAUUAUACUGUACUCAUGUAUAUUAGCCUAACUAGUCUGAUCUUUGAGGUAAGGUUUUUAUUGUUCCUAAGACAUACUGAUAAUGCUAGUUGGGCUAAUCUACUUGAAUACAAAGGAAUACUAAUCGAGUCUGCUAUGGGGUCUAUAUAAUCAAGUGUUAUCGCUUAUCUCGAGAUAGAAAUGGAUCGAGACAUUUUGACUCGUUCGACGUAAGAAACUUUAGUGCAGUGCUGUAUUACCUCUCAUUUUCGUCCUUUAUCUUGUUCAGGUUGAUGUGUACAGUUUUGGUGUCCUCCUCUGUGAGAUGUGCAUCCGGGAAUUGCCUGAUCCAAUAAGGCGUGAUCGGCAAGUCGCCAUGGUUAAAAACAAAUUGAAUCGAGCCCUUAUCCGGGGAUGUUUGCAAUCAGAGCCCGAGGCGAGACCAAGCAUACAGGAGAUCAUUGAUGAACUUGAGGAACCUGUUUAAAACAGGUUUGGUCGGUUUUGCUUUUAACAGAAUUAACGUAAUUCUGCUAUUACCAAUGUAAUUGUAAUAGUGCGUAUGCUACUGAAGGACAUCUUUUGUGCAUUCCGCCCCCCCCCCCUGAAAAUCAUAAGACAUGAUUAGAUUGAUAAGUUUCAAAUAUUAAUUUUAUCAUUCAGAAUGGGAGAAAGGCAUGAGAUUCCAAAGGAAUGGAAAAUGAUAGGAGUAUCGUCAACUAAAAGCAUUUACUACGUGGGAGGCUGUCCUUUAAGUGUUAUGUUGAAAUAGUUUAUGAACAGAUAAGUUUUAUGAUUUUUUUGUAGCUCAGUUCUGCAAAACGCCCUCCCACUUUGAUUUUAAUCUUAAACAAAGACCCUUGUCGUCUUUUUGGUAAGGUUUGAAAUUAGGGGGAUGUCAUUUUAUAUUCCCCAGUUCUAGCUGAACCAUUUUUGACACGUCUUUGAAUCUGAUUGGAGUGCGAUUGGUUUGAUUUCUAUAAUGCAUGUUACGUAUACCUUGCACUUUUAAGGUCAUUCGUAAUAUUGCAUGGGACAUCCUUACUGCGCAUGAUUUCACAAUUGCGCGCAGAUUAAAAAAUGGUGACUUUUUCUUUGUGCUCGGUGCUCACAAGAGAGGUAAAUUGUAACUUUCUUCAAACGAGGAGGUUGAUCUAUCAUUUUUUCUCUCUCUUGGUGUUGGGUACGCAUUAUCUUUCCGUAAAAUAACGAAUUAUCUGUGCAGGAAAAGGAAUUCAAUUUUAGAAACGCGAAUGUAGUAAGAUCUGGUAACUAUUACUUUCAAUAUAUUUUAGUAAUCAUAUGAUAUGUACACUACUGAGGUUAUGCAGCGCCUAAACGAAAACUGGGAACUGUAUUUUUUUAUUUCAAAAUUUACAUUUCUACAAGGCAAAUAACCAAUGGGUAAAGUUUGACAAAAAUCUCGGAGCAGGUUCUUUUUCAGAAGACUGACCUUAGGAUCACACUCCAGGUCCUUCUAAAAUAGAAAAUUCAUAUAGAAAUAAGGCUUUAAUGCGUUUCAUUUAGAUAACACAUUGGUCACAUGGUGCUUUUUUGAACAAAACGUGCUUUUCAGAAGUCCACAGAAAAAAAUUAAAUAGAAAUGAUAACGAGGGAGUUUAUGGGAAAAUGUUCUCCUGAUCGCAAACCGUGCAAAGUAUCGAUAAAUUUCUCAUCUGAGAAUCACGUUUACUCCUCUUUCUUCAUUAAUGUAUUAUUUGAUAGGUAUGUAAAUCUUAUAUUCUUAUUAAAUUUUGUAUUUUCGUGGUAUUUUAUUAUAUCUAGCACGAAGGCAUUAGCUAAAUAAAUAAAUAAAUAAAUAAAGUUUAUGUAUGUAUCGUGUGACUGGUUCUUGCGUCAGUAUGUAUUCAUCGAGUUGUAAAGCCAGUAGGUAGUUUGGGGAGCACAAAAGAUGAAUAAAGUUGCUUGAGGCAAAGCCCAGAACGACUUUGUCUUCUUGAGUGCGUCCCAUACUUUCUACGGGCUUUAUAUCUCGAUGAACGCUCAACCCCGCAUAAACCAAGCGUUUUAUAAAUUUAUGAAACGCUCUAGUUGUGAAGGUGUGCAAAACACGCUGAUUUUAUUUUCAUUUAUAUUAGUUGUUUAGGAUAAGACUUAAAUGUAGACACACAGGAUAAAAUGGCAGGAAAAGUUGUACAGUUGUAUAUGUUGUUUAGAUUGCUGUAUCAACUUUGUAAAGCCAUUAUUCCCCAUGAACAAAGGCACCUGUUACUUUAUUUUAUUUAACUUAUGAGAUUGGUUAAUGUCAUUGAGUUUUCUCUACAAGUUUAGG